AUGAGGCUCCUGCUAAUCACUGCAAUUCUACUGUUCCAGAAACCCACAGUAACUGAACAACUUAAGAAAUGCUGGGGUCAAUAUAUACAAGGAAGGUGCAGGAAAAUAUGCAGAGUAAGUGAAAUACGCGAAGUACUAUGUGAAAAUGGGAGAUACUGUUGCCUCAAUAUCGUGGAAGUGGAAGCUCGUAAAAAAAUUCCCAAGCCAACUCGUCCCAAGCCAAUGACAUAUGCAAUGACUUUGCCUCAAGAAUACGAUGUGUAUCCAGAAAAUGAUUUAAUUCCCAAGACAAACUCUACAUAA